AAUUCUCACAUUCUCCUCUUAAAUGGCCGGUCAAAGUUCAAACCUCAACCACCCUCGCUCUCUCUCUCUCUACUGUGCUAGAGUUUAGUCAAAGAGCUCUGAUUAGUCUUUUUAUGAAGCGAGUCUAUUCUCUUUGAUACCCCCCCCCCCCUUCUCUCUCUCUCUCUCUCUCAUGGAGAGCCCAGUAAUACAGAAAUUCAAAGGGAAGCAGGUCAUGCAGAUGCAGCAGCUUUCUCGGUUAAGUCUAGUGCCAACCCAUGAAAGAUCUCCGGCGGAGGAAGUGGAAUUAGCUGCCACUGCAAUAAGUCUCGACGUGCGGUUGAGACCAUCAGACAUGCCCGCCCACAUGCAAGACCGAGCCCUGCGCUGCGCCAGAUUACAACUUGACUCCUCCGCCCCCGUUUCCCGUCCUAAUCCCACCCACCUAGCUCGGGCUCUCAAAAAGGAGUUUGACUCACUGUACGGACCGGCCUGGCACUGUGUGGUGGGGACGAGUUUUGGGUCGUUCGUGACUCACUCACGGGGUGGCUUCGUCUACUUCUCCAUUGACUCACUUUCGGUUCUGCUUUUCAAGACGGAGGUUCAGUUGGUUGCCGAACCAGGUGCCUAAAAAUUAGAAAAUUCCCAAUUCCCACACAGGAAAAUUAGAGCUGCCCAAUUGAUGUACUCUCUGCUAAAUUAUCUAUCAAAUUCGAUAAUUUUUUUCUUGGUUGUCUUGAAAGAAAGUGUUAUCGUGAAUUGAAUUA